CAGACCUGCUCGCAGAUCGGCAAGCCCGACCCGUCGCCCUCCUCCAAGCUCUCGUCGGUGGCCUCCAACGGCGGCGACAAGGAGUCGGCCAAGGCCGGCCCGCUGAAGCUGAGCGACAUCGGCGUGGAGGACAAGUCGAGCUUCAAGCCCUACUCCAAGCCCGGCGCGGACAAGAAGGAGCCGUCGGCUGCCGGGGGCGCCUCGUCGGGGUCGUCGGCCUCCUCCUCCUCUUCCUCCUCGGACACGUCCUGCGGCGGCGGCAACCCGGCCCCGUCGUCCGUCUCGUCGUCGUCGUCCGUCUCGUCGUCGUCGUCGGUGCUGGGCUCGGGCCUGGUGGCGCCGGUGUCGCCCUACAAGGCGGGCCAGAGCGUCUUCCCGCUGCCGCCGGCGGGGAUGAGCUACCCGGGGGCGCUGGCGGCCGGGGCCUACGCGAGCUACCCGCCGCAGUUCCUGCCGCACGGCGUGGCGCUGGACCCCAGCAAGCCGGGGAGCCUGGUGGGCGCGCAGCUGGCCGGGAGCCUGGCCUGCGGGAAGGCGGCCGGCUCGAGCCCGCUGGCCGGCGCCUCGCCCCCGUCGGUGAUGACGGCCAGCCUGUGCCGCGACCCCUACUGCCUCAGCUACCACUGCGCCAGCCAGCUGGCCGGGGCGGCCGCCGCCAGCGCCUCCUGCGCCCACGAGCAGGCCCUCAAGGCCGGCUACCCGCUGGUCUACCCGACGGCCGCGCCGCUCCACGCCGUCCACUCCUCGCCGCCCGCCCUGGCCGGCCACCCGCUCUACCCCUACGGCUUCAUGCUGCCCAACGACCCGCAGCCCCACAUCUGCAACUGGGUCUCGGCCAACGGGCCCUGCGACAAGCGCUUCGCCACCUCCGACGAGCUGCUCAGCCACCUGCGGACGCACACGGCCUUCCCCGGCACGGACAAGCUCCUGGGCGCCGGCGGCGGCUACCCGGGCGCCGGCUCCUCGCUGGCCGCCGCCGCCGCCGCCAUGGCCUGCCACAUGCACAUCCCCACCUCCGCCGCGCCCGGCAGCCCCGGCUCGCUGGCCCUCCGCAGCCCCCACCACGCCCUCGGCCUCGGCGGACGCUACCACCCCUACUCCAAGAGCCCCCUGCCCGCGCCCGGAGCCCCCCUGCCCGUCCCCGCCGCCGCCGCCACCGGACCCUACUACUCCCCCUACGCGCUCUACGGGCAGAGACUGACGACGGCCUCCGCCCUCGGAUACCAGUGAGUCGCCCGACGGCCGCCCGACGGCCUCUCCCGCUUCGGCCCGGCCGGGGUUUCUUCGGGCCGCCUCCUUUUUGGGGGGUGGGAUGGGGGGGUGGGGGGCCAGAACCCGAGCCAGAACUGUCUUUGAAGGAGAGAGACCGACAAACGAAGCAGAAAAUCGAGUUCUCGACCCCCCCUUUUUUAUAUAUCUAUAUAUAAAGAUAGUGUUCAUCUUGAGGACCGGAUCCAUGGGCACUAUAUUUAUUUAUGUUAGCUUCAAGCCGGAGGAUGAGUCCGUUUAAAAACAAAAAAAACAAAAACAAAAAGGAAGUGCAUUACUUUAAAAAAACAAACAAAAACUUCAGCUCGCUAGGCUUAAAGGAAAAAAAACAACCCAGCCAACCAACCCUAAAGUGGAAACAACCGGUUGUAGACUACGAAUAAAUUUUAAAAAGACAAA